AUGUUUUCUCUAGUAUUAUUGGUUGUUACACCAUGGCUUGUAUUUUGCAUGCCACCACCAACUACAACAUCACCAACCCCAACACCACCAAAUACUACAACACCAACCAAUUGUACAUGUUCUGAUGGUACUCAAAUAUUACCUGGAGAGUAUCAUUCCCUUACGGACUGUGAUUUUUGUUAUUGUAAUGAAGAUAAUUUAGAAGCAUACGAAACACAUGGUGACUGUUACAUAGCCGCCCCAUGUGUUGAUUCUGUAAAAAAUACCAGGAGAGUGUUGUCCUUACUGCCCAAAUGUGAUGGGUUAGUUGAUUUUGGUUUAGUCGAUUGCCAAUGCGACAAUGAUAUUUACCAUGGUAAUUAUGCAGAACCACUAGCAGCUUGUCGACCUAAACUACCCACAAUCGGAGACAACUGUCAAGCUGAAUUUAAAGAUGAUAAUGGUGUAGAAAGAAGCGAACUUAUCUAUUUUAGUGAUGGUGUAGUAAAGUUCAACUCAACUGAAUGUAAAUGUGUUUACCGAGAGUACUACUACUAUAGAGAACCAAAAGCAAAUUGUGUACAAGUAUUGAGUAUUGAGCCGGGUAGUAUGGUAGUGGUCGAUCAGAACCUGUAUCGCCAUAGAGAGCCAUGUCCAGCUGAGAGAUCUCAUAUUCUGUUUGGCAGCAUCAUUGCUGAUAAAAAUAGAGGCUUUGCGUGUGAAGGCGAAUGCAGAUUGACCUUCCUUCUGUAG